CAGUCCCCCCCCAGCGCCGCCGCCGCCUCGAGGAGGCCGGCGCAGCGCAGCCGACACCGACACUAGGCUCAGAGCGCCCGACGGCUUUCGGCCGAACCGAUACGGAGGCGGCGCGGGGAACCGCACAGAGUAGAGAGGGCCACCAAGGCUGUGGACACCCAACAGGACGCCGGCAGGGUUGCAGCACCCCUGCAGGGGCGCACGACCACCCACUUCUUAGAAAGACACCCACCCUCCUCAGUCUUUCCCCUGCACGCCCUUCACUGGGUGCACAACACCCCAAAACACCCAAGAGCAGACGUGUGUGUGCACACAUAACACAUACACACACAACGGGUGCACGCUCUCAGGGCACACACACAACAUAGCGGACUUACAGUUGGGCCCAGUGGGAGCCUUAGAGCAGGGUCAACAUGCUCGCAGGACAGCCCUGGACACACAUAAACCCUUUUCAGGAAUGCACAGGGACCCCACAAGAGCCCGAGCAAGGAGGGCCCAGCCCUAUGGAACCCCCACAUGUCUCUGCUGUUGGAGGCGGAGGAACUGCUCUCACAGCCCCUUCCUGAAAACCUUGCUGAAAUGAGACAGUAAACAAAUGAACAUCAAGCCCAGGGAGACUUAUCACAAGGAGAAAAAAGAAUCAAAUUUUAAGUCACCAGACAUAGACACGAAACAAGUAGAGAAACGAACAGACACAGUGAGAGAAUAGCCCCCCUCCCCCAGGAAGGCUCCAGAGAAAAGUCCCCCACCUCCCCAGGAAGGUUCCAGGGAAGAACCCCACCCCCACUCCAACCAGGUCACAAUGGCUGGAGCUCUGAGGGGUCCAGGCCCCGGAACCAGGAGGCGAGGAGGAAGUCCAAGGAAAGAUGGCUGGCACUCACCCCUAUUUCAACCUGCCCGACUUCACCCAGCCAUCGCCGCCCUCCACUCCGCCCAGCCUCCACUCACACCACCGCUGCCGGCCCUCCGACGCCACCAAGGGCCUGCUUGUGGCCCUGCUGGGCGGGGGCCUGCCCGCUGGCUUCGUGGGCCCCUUCUCCCGGAUGGUUUACCAGGCUUCCCGCUUGCCCUCGAUGGAGCUGCUCAUCUGUCGAUGUCUCUUCCACCUCCCCAUCGCCCUGCUACUUAAGCUGCGAGGCGACCCACUGUUGGGACCCCCGGAUGUCCGGGGCCGGGCCUUCCUCCACGCCUUGCUCAACGUGCUCAGUAUCGGAUGUGCCUACAGUGCGGUUCAGGUGGUGCCUGCUGGCAAUGCUGCCACCGUUCGCAAAGGUUCUUCCACCGUCUGCUCCGCUCUUCUCGCCCUCUGCCUCGAGAGCCAGGGUCUCAGUGGCUACGACUGGUGUGGCCUGUUGGGCAGCACCCUGGGACUAAUCAUCAUUGUGGGACCUGGACUGGGGACGCUGCAGGAGGGGACCACAGGCCUCUACACUGCCCUGGGCUAUGUGCUGGCUUUCCUGGGAGGGUUGGCAUUGUCACUGGGGCUUCUGGUCUACCGCUCCCUGCACUUCCCCUCCUGCCUACCGACAGUGGCCUUCCUGUUUGGUUUGGUGGGGCUGCUGGGCUCCGUGCCGGGCCUCUUUGUGCUGCAGACCCCCGUGCUGCCCAGUGACCCUCUGAGCUGGAGCUGUGUCGGGGCAGUGGGGAUCCUCGCCUUGGUCUCCUUUGUGUGUGUGAGCUACGCGGUCACCAAGGCCCACCCUGCCCUGGUGUGUGCGGUCCUGCACUCUGAGGUGGUGGUGGCCCUGAUGUUGCAGUACUACGUGCUCUAUGAGACCGUGGCACCCUCCGACAUCAUGGGGGCAGGGGUCGUGUUGGGUAGCAUUGCCAUCAUCACCGCCCAGAACCUCAGCUGUGAGAGGGAAGGGCAGGUAGAGGGGUGUGAUUGAACUGGAGAGUCGGGGGUUGGGGGGGCAGGGGUAAAUAGGACAGACUGGAAUACAAACGUGGGACAGCAAGUGACAGGAGGAGAACUGGUGUGGGGCAGGGACACCCCUCGGAGCCCAGGGCGGCCUGGGGACUUGGUAGAGAGAGCGACCACCUGGAAGACCCACAGCAGCAAGCCAGGGUGUCUAGGCUGGGUCCCAGCAAUCAGUAUAGCUACGGGGUAGGGUCUGAGGAGCCUGUCCCACGAGGCUGAGGCAAGGGGCUGUGGGCCAUGGGGAGGAUUCCCUCGGUAGCAGAGAGAGGAGCACUGAGGGUGGAGGGCGCAGUGUGCUCAGGCAGAUGGAACAAGCAGCUGCACUGGGGGAGGGGAGCGUGCUUUUCCUCCUCCCUGGGCGACAAGAAAGAUGAUUUCCUCUCCUUGUGGUUGUGCCCCCACCACUUGGGGUGAUGACGUGACACUGACAUCAAACAAGGAUCACGCUGAACGCGGCUGUGCAGCCGGUGUCAUCUUGGCUUUGGAGGGAGAGUGGAAAUCCUCCACGGCUCUCAGUGGAGUCUCUCCGGGGAUGUUCUCACCCCCACCCUCCCCUCCGGUUAUUGCGGAACUCUUCUAGAAGGUGGAGGACUUCCCAAUGCUCAGAUUCCUUGAUUCCCCCCCCCCCCGGCCCCCGCCACGGACAACACAACCGACCCCCAAUUCCCCAGGACUUUCGUGUGCCGCCCCGUGGCUAAUCUGCUUUUCCCGGAUUGUCCCGGUCUCGUGAUCUCUGCUGGACAGUGAGUGGCCACUCCUUCCGGAGCAAGCCUCUUGAAGCGGCUCAGGCCGGGAAUCUGGGACUAAGGCUCGGUACAGCCCUUCUCCCCCGCACCCUCUUCCCGGUUAGAGGCCAGGAGAUACCCCACUCGUCCCAGGAGGCUACUUCCGGAGGCGCAACUGGCCUCGCCAUCUUGGUCUAUUCAUGCAUAUUCACAGCGAAACUGCAUAUUCAAGAGCGAGGACAGCCCCAGCACCGCCCCUCCCUCCGGAACCCGCUCAGGAGGAGCCGGCCGGCCCCGCCUCCAUCACGGAUUCGCAGAACACACCAUUUCCCAGCUGGGGGAGGGGGGCGGGCGUCAAGGAGAGUCUUUUGCUGAAGACGAAACCAUACUCCAAGCUGAAAUAAAAGCGGCCUGAUUUUACCCUCGA